UGACUAGUGUUAUCAAAAGUUUACGACUGGCUAACAGUAACAAUAGACGAAUACUUUUAGUCAAUAGUCCUGCAUGUAGCAUUGUAGAGUACAAAGUUGGAUUGAAACCGAAAGUUAGAUCUAGCUCUUAAUAAAGAUCUUCAUUCUAGAUCUAUUUACUAGAGUCUUCAGUCACUGCAGUUGAUGCUAUAACUUAGUGUAACGUAACUGACAGUCUUUAGAAUACUUUAGAUGUAAGAAGUAAGUGUAUAAGUCUGGAGUCAAAGAUUAUUUUAACAUAACACAAAGUGUGGGAUUGAAUCAUAAUCACAAGUGACAAAGAAAGAUGUCUUGCUUGAAAAUUGUGUUACUUCAUUGCUUUAUUGGCAUAGCUCUGUCUGUCAACGCCAUCAGUCUGUCUGAGAAAAGCAGUAAUCACAACAAUGUGUUAUACUUCCAAUCCCAUGAGGAAACUCUUCAGUUAGCUUUGACUAUGACUAAUGGAUCAUGCCAGAACACCAGUGCAUUCUUUUGUUCUGAUAACUACACCUGUUGCAAAGCAAAUCCACAAUCAAAAGUUCCAUUUGUUUGCUGCCCAUUGGCAGAGGCUGUUUGCUGCCCUGAUGGCAUGCAUUGCUGCCCACGUGGCACAUUCUGUGACAUGAUAAACAGAAGAUGCUACUCAAAAGGAGAGAAUGUGCACAUUAUUCAAUAUUGGAACUACAUGUCACCUCAACAGCUGAAAACCAGAGAAAAAGCAAAGAGUGUGCCAAAAACCGUACCAUGUGCUGAUGGUAGUCAAUGUCCAGAUGGUUCAACUUGUUGUCAGUUGGCCUCUGGAGGCUAUGGUUGUUGUCCAUUAGUCCAGGCCACUUGCUGUGCUGAUCAUGUUCAUUGUUGUCCAAAUGGUUACAAGUGUGAUCUGUCAGCUGGUACAUGUGUUAAAGGACUUGAUGUUGUUGCUUGGUCAGUUAAACAACCAGCAGAAAAGCCAAAGAAAAUACAGAAGUUAACUGAAAGUGUCGUAUGUCCUGGAGGUCAAGCACAGUGCCCAGGUGGAGCUACAUGUUGCAAGCUGCAAUCUGGGGACUAUGGAUGUUGUCCUUAUGUCAACGCAGUUUGUUGUUCAGAUGGUCUCCAUUGCUGCCCAAAUGGCUACAGAUGUGAUGUGGAUCAAGGUGAAUGUAAAAAAGGGGAUAGCUCUGUCCAGUGGUUCUUAAAAGUACUGGCUAAGCCUGUUUCAGAAAAUGUAGAAGUAGGUCUUAACUCCAUCAGAUGUGAUGACACUUGGUCCUGUCCAGAUGGAAAUACAUGCUGUAAAUUAGCCUCUGGAGAAUAUGGAUGUUGUCCUUUACCUAGGGCCACAUGCUGUGAUGACCACAUUCACUGCUGUCCAAAUGGCUACACUUGUGAUGUAUCAGCAGGAACAUGUAACAAAGGAAAUGAUAUUGUAGCUUGGCUCUCAAAACAACCAGCUAAAGUUGUAGGGGAUGUGCAGUGUGAUGACACCUCAUCAUGUCCAGAUGGAAACACUUGCUGUAAACUAGCCUCUGGUCAAUAUGGGUGUUGUCCAUUACCAAAGGCCACAUGCUGUGAUGACCAUGUCCACUGCUGUCCUAAUGGCUACACAUGUGAUGUAUCAGCAGGAACAUGUAACAAAGGAAAUGAUAUUGUUGCUUGGCUCUCAAAACAACCAGCUAAAGUUGUAGGGGAUGUGCAGUGUGAUGACACCUCAUCAUGUCCAGAUGGAAACACUUGCUGUAAACUAGCCUCUGGUCAAUAUGGAUGUUGUCCUUUACCAAAGGCCACAUGCUGUGAUGACCAUGUCCACUGCUGUCCUAAUGGCUACACAUGUGAUGUAUCAGCAGGAACAUGUAACAGGGGAAAUGAUAUUGUUGCUUGGCUCACAAAAAAGCCAGCUAAAGUUGUAGGGGAUGUGCAGUGUGAUGACACCUCAUCAUGUCCAGAUGGAAACACUUGCUGUAAACUAGCCUCUGGUCAAUAUGGAUGUUGUCCUUUACCAAAGGCCACAUGCUGUGAUGACCAUGUCCACUGCUGUCCUAAUGGCUACACAUGUGAUGUAUCAGCAGGAACAUGUAACAGGGGAAAUGAUAUUGUUGCUUGGCUCACAAAAAAGCCAGCUAAAGUUGUAGGGGAUGUGCAGUGUGAUGACACCUCAUCAUGUCCAGAUGGAAACACUUGCUGUAAACUAGCCUCUGGUCAAUAUGGAUGUUGUCCUUUACCAAAGGCCACAUGCUGUGAUGACCAUGUCCACUGCUGUCCUAACGGCUACACAUGUGAUGUAUCAACAGGAACAUGUAACAGGGGAAAUGAUAUUGUUGCUUGGCUCACAAAAAAGCCAGCUAAAGUUGUAGGGGAUGUGCAGUGUGAUGACACCUCAUCAUGUCCAGAUGGAAACACUUGCUGUAAACUAGCCUCUGGUCAAUAUGGAUGUUGUCCUUUACCAAAGGCCACAUGCUGUGAUGACCAUGUCCACUGCUGUCCUAAUGGCUACACAUGUGAUGUAUCAGCAGGAACAUGUAAUAAAGGAAAUGAUAUUGUUGCUUGGCUCUCAAAAAAACCAGCUAAAGUUGUAGGGGAUGUGCAAUGUGAUGACACCUCAUCAUGUCCAGCUGGAAACUCUUGCUGUAAACUAGCCUCUGGUCAAUAUGGAUGUUGUCCUUUACCAAAGGCCACAUGCUGUGAUGACCAUGUCCACUGCUGUCCUAAUGGCUACACAUGUGAUGUAUCAGCAGGAACAUGUAACAAAGGAAAUGAUAUUGUUGCUUGGCUCACAAAACAACCAGCUAAAGUUGUAGGGGAUGUGCAGUGUGAUGACACCUCAUCAUGUCCAGAUGGAAACACUUGCUGUAAACUAGCCUCUGGUCAAUAUGGAUGUUGUCCUUUACCAAAGGCCACAUGCUGUGAUGACCAUGUUCACUGCUGUCCCCAUGGCUACACUUGUGAUGUAUCAGCAGGAACAUGUAACAAAGGAAAUGAUAUUGUUGCUUGGCUCACAAAACAACCAGCUAAAGUUGUAGGGGAUGUACAGUGCGAUGACACCUCAAUAUGUCCAGAUGGAAACACUUGCUGUAAACUAGCCUCUGGUCAAUAUGGAUGUUGUCCUUUACCAAAGGCCACAUGCUGUGAUGACCAUGUCCACUGCUGUCCUAAUGGCUACACUUGUGAUGUAUCAGCAGGAACAUGUAACAAAGGAAAUAAUAUUGUUGCUUGGCUCACAAAAAAGCCAGCUAAAGUUGUAGGGGAUGUGCAGUGUGACGACACCUCAUCAUGUCCAGAUGGAAAUACUUGCUGUAAACUAGCCUCUGGUCAAUAUGGAUGUUGUCCAUUACCAAAGGCCACAUGCUGUGAUGACCAUGUCCACUGCUGUCCUAAUGGCUACACUUGUGAUGUAUCAGCAGGAACAUGUAACAAAGGAAAUAAUAUUGUUGCUUGGCUCACAAAACAACCAGCUAAAGUUGUAGGGGAUGUGCAAUGUGAUGACACCUCAUCAUGUCCAGAUGGAAACACUUGCUGUAAACUAGCCUCUGGUCAAUAUGGAUGUUGUCCAUUACCAAAGGCCACAUGUUGUGAUGACCAUGUCCACUGCUGUCCUAAUGGCUACACAUGUGAUGUAUCAGCAGGAACAUGUAACAAAGGAAAUGAUAUUGUUGCUUGGCUCAAAAAACAACCAGCUAAAGUUGUAGGGGAUGUGCAGUGUGACGACACCUCAUCAUGUCCAGAUGGAAACACUUGCUGUAAACUAGCCUCUGGUCAAUAUGGGUGUUGUCCUUUACCAAAGGCUACAUGUUGUGAUGACCACGUUCACUGUUGUCCCCAUGGCUACACAUGUGAUGUAUCAGCAGGAACAUGUAACAAAGGAAAUGAUGUUAUAGCCUGGGUAAAUAAAAAGGCAGCCAACAUUGUCCAUUAAAUUUUGUCUUUCAUGAUGUCUUCUCUUUUAAAUGAUAAAUGUACAUUCAUUUUGUUUAAUUUUGCUGUCAUUCGUUGCUUAUGAAUGAAACUGUUUUUUUCAGUGUUGAUAUUAGCAUGACUUGACACAUAUUCCAACCCCCUAAUUAUAUUGGGUUUCUUUUAUGUGCUGCUCUGAGUAUAAGUUGACAUAAACUAUAUAUAGUGAAAGUCUCUCAUUCUGACUUGCACUAUUUUUUGGGUGGAGGAUCUGGACGUACACAUCUGAAGAAAAAUAAUGUUAUACAGGUACAAAUAUUAUAAUUUUUAAGAACUUUUAACUUGAUCAACAGCAUAAUUCAAAAUCAGUUCAUUGAUUAGUCCUUAUUGGUGAAUAGUGAUUAAUUCAAAGUUAGUUUUGCCUAAUUCCUGAUAAUGCAAAUAAGACAUUGGAAAUUUUCAGUGAGCUGUUUACUUUUUUUUUUUAGAAAUUACAAGCUAGUGAGUUAUUGGCAUUAACAAAUGCUUUACUGCUAACACUCAAUUUCUAAUAAUUCAUUAUGUAAGUGAGUGUGUCUGCAAGGCAUAUUGUAUAGGCAUUGUUACAAGUCUGAGUGUGUGCUUUGUGAAGGUCAAAGACUGGCUGACAAUUUAUGUUAUAGCAGACCUCAUCAGAAACAUGUAGAUCUACUUAUAUAGCAUGUGUGUGUUUGUGUGUGCAAAGAAUUGUAAAAAGGAAAUACCACAUAUGAUAAUGAAAGUGUUUAUUAUACAAACAAUUGUUUUUAAGCAUAUGUUUUUUAUCUAAGUAUUGUUAUCUGUAACAAGCAUUCCAUUAGGUUGAUGUUUUGUCAUGUCUGCAAGUAGGUUUUAAAAACUAUCAAUGUUUAGCAUUUUCUGAUUAAAUGACGACUUUAUGACCAGCACAAUGAUAACUUAGCAUUAUUAUCAAACAACGUUUUUUGCUUUCUUUAGUAUCUAUAAUAGUAAGUCAUUGGCUCUCCAGUUGUUUUUUUUACUUCUUAUCUUCUUAUCUUAUCUUAUAUAAUACAGACGUUACUUCAAAAAAGAAGAUGAUUACGUCCUAAGCGUCAUGCAUUCAGUCAUGCAUAUUAACCAAUGACUUAAUACUUACUAGCUAAAUAAUAUUUAUGUUUUCUUUUAAUAUCUGUCCGUAUGUUUGUAUCUUUAUUGUAAAUUCUCAUGUGAAACAUAUUCUAUUUACCAUCAUAAGAUCUCUGGUUUGGAUUUCAAAAUUAAAAUGUCUAUACUAUACUUUAUUUUUUACAGUUUGUGCUUUAAAAAAAAUAAACAAAGUAACUUUCUAUAGAA